GUAUUUAGUAUAAUAUCAGGAAAGGUAAUAUUUCAAUCUAAUAAUUGAGAAGGAAUUUUAAAUGAGAAGUUAAUUGGAAAUGAAAAUACCUAUACAAGAAUUCAAUCUGUCAUUCUCGCAUCAGGUGCAAUGUCAUCAAUAAAAAAUUAUCCAAAAAAAAUCUUAGACUUAAACUAGUUGUUCUGCUAAAUUUAUUGACUUUGAAUCGACUAGUAAUUAGAUUCAACCUAUAAUCCUAGCUAAGUCUGAAGAUGGAAUUGAGUUGACAUCAGAAUUUACUUUAAGAAACAUGAAGAUGUGUCUAAGAACUAGUAAUUUUACUUAAUUAUCUGAAAACGUACCUGACAGACUCAUUGUCUUUAUGCUUUCAUAUAGUUGAAUG